GCCCUGAUAGGUUGGUCUCAGGCUGGGAUCACUGGGCGCCGGACCUCGUUCUCUGUAAUCCACGGCCGUAAAGCUCUCCAGAGCAUGACAGAAAACAUCAAAGCCAGCGAAAGCCAUCACACGUUCCGGCUGGGAUAAGCUUUGAAAAGAAAACCUGAAGAUGUGCGACUACCAGAUGGAUUACUCCUUUGUUUUUGAAGACAGCUCCUGCGAGGGCGAUGUAUCAAUGGCAGCCUAUGAUAAUGGGUUCGAGUCCCUGUGGCAACAAGUGGGCGAUGAACUCCGAAGGGAGCGGGAAAUGAACGAACUCGGCCAACUUUUCCAGCAAAACUUGAGCCUGAGUCCGCCCGCCUACGCGGAUCAAUGGAGAUUCUGAUGGGACCUCCCAAAGUCAGCUCUUGUGAUAUUUGUAUAUAAUAGGUUAAUAGAUUUAGCAGAUCAGCCGCCAAUUUAGUGGCCUUCGUUAGAGCAUUUUCGAUAAGUGCUCGUAGAUUUUAUAGUAUAACUACCAAAAAAAUGUUUUUGUAUACUUUUGUUCAUUCUUAGUUUAUGCAAUGAUCUUGUCCGUGCCUUCAAAUGUUUGCUUUCGUGAAAAUUCGCUUUGUUUUGUCACUCUACCAAGUAAUCAAUUUGUAUCAAACACAUUGUUCAUAGAUCUUAAUUUGGCAAUAGUUUGCCUUCGAUAUCGUAAUUAAAUUAAAUGUAUACAAUAACAAAAAGGAAAGUUCGAAACUUGUUAAAUUCUUAUUCAAAACGUUUCUAAUAAAUUUGCAAUGUAUAAAGUUGA